AUGCCGCUUGCACAUCUAGGUCAGCCAUUUUUAAAGGCGAGCGAUGUUACUGAGGAUUCAAAGUGCAUAUCAAUCGAUGAAUCACCUGAUGAAGUUUGUCAAAAAGUCGAUGUUGCUGAGGUUGAGGUGAAUAUAGAGAACUUAGCUCAAAAAACUGAGAAAGUCGAUGCGUCUUGUUUUGAUUUGCUUUAUGUUAUUGGGCAAGGGUCGUUUGGAAAGGUGUUCUUGGUAAGAAAGAAUAAUGGAAGUGAUAAAGGGACACUGUAUGCAAUGAAAGUCCUGAGGAAAGCUGUUCUGAAAGUGCGUGACAGAAUAAGGACAAAGUUAGAAAGGGAUAUAUUGACUAAAAUUAAACACCCUUUCAUAGUAGACCUACACUAUGCCUUUCAAACCGAGGGAAAGGUUUACUUAAUUUUAGAGUUUCUCCGAGGAGGUGACCUUUUUUCUCGCCUAUCGAAAGAGUAUAUGUUUACAGAGGACGACGUGAAGUUCUACUUAGCGGAAAUUGCCUUAGCCCUUAAUUAUCUGCACAACCAUGGAAUAGUAUACAGAGAUUUGAAGCCUGAAAACGUUUUGCUAAAUGAAGAGGGUCAUGUACGCCUGACUGAUUUCGGCCUGUCUAAAGAAUCGAUUUUCGAAUCUUCUGGUGAUCGAACUUAUUCUUUUUGUGGAACAGUAGAAUACAUGGCCCCAGAAGUUGUUAAUAGACAUGGACAUGGUACAGCUGCUGAUUGGUGGAGCUUUGGAGUACUGAUGUACGAACUGCUCACUGGUAUGUUACCCUUCCACAGUGAGAAUCGUAAAGAUACGAUGCAGAUGAUUUUGAAAUCAAAGUUAUCAAUGCCACAAUUCCUCAGUCCUGCAGCUCAAAGUUUACUACGUGCUCUCUUUAAACGUACGCCAUCAAAUCGACUAGGUCAUGGACCAGAUGGAUUUGAACACUUAAAAAGUCAUGAAUUUUUUGCUACAAUCAAUUGGGAUGACCUAUUGAAUGGUCUAAUUCAACCACCCUUCAAACCUCCGUGUUCUUCGAUAAAUGAGAUACUAAAUUUUGACCCUGAAUAUACUUCUCGUACACCACACGAUUCUCCAUGCCCUCCGGCCAGUGCAUCAGCACAUGCUUUAUUUCGUGAAUUCAGUUAUGUAGCACCAGAAUUUUUUACAGAACAAGAUGCCAAUACUGUAACAACAGGUAAUAACAACCAUUUAAGCAGUACCGUCAGUAAUGAAUUGUUAAAUGGAACAAAUGUUGGUCACUUAAAUUCAAAUGAAGAAAAAACUGUGAACAAUAGUAAUAAUCAUAUUUCUAGACGUGAUGAUGACCGUAUAAAUGCGGCAUACAUUCCAGAAGACCUACCACCUUUAACGCCUUCAGUAGCAAAACGUUUUCUGCGGUUGGCGGGUUUACCGGGUGUAAAGAUUAAACCGUUUUCAAUGGAUUAUACUUUACUCGAGGAAAUUGGUAAAGGUUCAUUCUCAGUUGUACAUAAAUGCCAUAAUCGGAAUACGAAUUCUAUUUGUUGUGUAAAAAUUAUAGACAAGUCGAAACGAGACGCCAGAGAAGAAGUUGAGAUACUACUUAGGCAUCACAACCAUCCAAAUAUUGUUUCAGUUCGAGAAGUUUAUGAAAAUGAAAAUAUAGUUUAUCUUGUUAUGGAAUACCUUAAAGGAGGUGAAUUACUCGAUAAAAUAUUCCGAGAGAAAUUCCUCUCCGAACGUGAAGCCAGUAGUAUAACCUAUGUGAUUGCCAAUACCUUAAGUUAUUUACACAGUAAUAUGGUUGUACAUCGUGAUCUGAAACCAUCCAAUAUUUUGUAUGCAGAUGAUUCUGAUCCGUCGUCUUCGCUAAGAAUAUGUGACUUCGGCUUUGCUAAACAACUGAGAGCUGAAAAUGGUCUGUUAAUGACACCGUGUUAUACUGCGAAUUUUGUUGCACCAGAAGUACUUAAAAUGCAAGGUUAUCAUGCUGCGUGUGAUGUAUGGAGUUUAGGUGUGCUAGUGUAUACAAUGUUGUUUGGACAAACACCAUUCGCAUUCAAACCAGAUGAUACACCAGAGGUGAUCUUGUCUCGUAUAGAAUCUGGACGAUUAGAUCUAGUGAACAAUGAUUGGAACAAAAUAUCUGACUCAGCAAAGGAUUUAUUGAUGAAAAUGUUAAAUCCUGAACCAUCUAAGCGUUGUACGGCCAGUAUGAUAUUAUCGCACCCGUGGAUUAAGAAUCGUGAUGAGUUAUCCCCUGAUUUGUUGGCCAACUUUCAAAUACGUGAUGUUACUCAAACCAAAAAUUCAGUUGAAGCAACAUUUAGAGCACUGAACAGUACAACUAAAAUACCAGUCCUUGAACCAGUUGAAUCAUCAACAUUAGCUAAGCGUCGUGGGCGCUCUAAACCAACCUUAUCCAGUCAAUCAAAGGAAGUCAAAUCCCCCCUAUCAAAAACUCCGCCAACAAAUACUACAUGUAAUAAAGAAUGA